UUGACGUGUGUUGUCUCGGCGAAAUAUGGGGAAAAUACAUAUUUCUGUGUAAGUUGCACAGUGAAACAAUGACCGCCCCCUCCCCUCUGAAGCAUACAUACACAGUACUGUAUAUUCCUUCUUAAACACCGUGACUGUAUUUGCCACUGGUUCUCUAUACAGUGGGUCAACUUGUCUGCAACACAAAGAGCCAGCGUCUCUUUAUUAAACCUGCGAACGGAUCCGGCGGUAACCAGCGCCCCCCUACUUUACAAAAGGCAAACUUUGACUGCUCUUGCCCCCGAGAGAAAAAAAAAAGAGGGACAAACAAACAACUUCCAAAGACUUUUUGUUUACAUAGCAGGUGGACGUGACGUCACCUUGGGUCGAGGUACUCCAAAAAAUAACAAUAUCCAACUCCGCGCGAGUACCUCCCCUGGGGCAGCGUUCUAAUAAGCUAGUCCCAAAUACUUAGUUGACUGUUUUUUAGAUAUAUUCAAUUCUAAUAGACAAACAUGCUACAUCUUCUUACUGUGAGUCAUGUGAGAGCAAUCUAACAGGACUUAGUGUACAGUUUUUUUUUCCUUUUGCAUUAAUAAUAACAGCAGCAGUGGCUGAAGAAGAGAGCGCGAGACAACGCGUGCAUCUCCGAGCCCAACGCGAGCGGAGGAAUAUCGCAGUUGUUAUUUAUUCUUCGGCUUGUUGUUCAUUUUCUAUUUUCUGAUUAACCCACACUCUCACGUGUGAACCCUUCCAAACACCGAAACUCACUGCAACUCCCGCACAGCUGGCGGCUCUUGUUUUCGAAAAGGAAAUAAAUCGGCAUCUCGGUGUGCUUUAUCUGGCACGUCCAGUUCUGGGGUAGAUUGGCACAGCCGGAUUUUGCCCCUGUCAGGGAAAAAUAUGGAAGGGCUGUUUCCAUAGCACCAGGGUGUACAGAGACAUACAGAGACGUUCUGAAGCCAAGUCAAGGUGGUAUUAAGUCAUGAUGCAGGAAUCCGCGACAGAGACAAUAAGCAACAGUUCAAUGAAUCAAAAUGGAAUGAGCACUCUAAGCAGCCAAUUAGAUGCUGGCAGUAGAGAUGGAAGAUCAAGUGGUGACACAAGCAGUGAAGUAAGCACAGUUGAACUGCUGCAUCUGCAACAACAGCAGGCACUACAAGCAGCAAGACAAUUACUUUUACAACAGCAAAGCAGUGGAUUGAAAUCUCCAAAGAAUAACGACAAGCAGCGUCCACUGCAGCAGGUGCCUGUGUCAGUGGCCAUGAUGACUCCCCAGGUGAUCACCCCUCAGCAAAUGCAGCAGAUUCUCCAGCAGCAAGUCCUAUCCCCACAGCAGCUCCAGGCUCUCCUCCAGCAACAGCAAGCAGUCAUGUUACAGCAGCAACAUCUCCAGGAGUUUUAUAAGAAACAGCAGGAACAAUUACACCUUCAACUUUUACAACAGCAGCACCCAGGCAAGCAAGCAAAAGAGCAACAGCAGCAGCAGCAACAGCAGCAGCAGCAGCAGUUAGCAGCCCAGCAGCUUGUCUUCCAGCAGCAGCUCCUCCAGAUGCAACAACUCCAGCAGCAACAGCACCUGCUCAACCUGCAGCGGCAGGGCCUCAUCUCCAUGCCUCCUGGACAGUCCGCCCUUCCUGUCCAGUCCCUGCCACAGGCUGGCUUGAGCCCUGCAGAAAUCCAGCAGUUAUGGAAAGAAGUGACUGGGGCACACAAUAUGGAAGAUAAUGGCAUUAAACAUGGAGGGCUUGACCUCUCUACUAACAACUCUUCCUCUACUACCUCUACCACUUCCAAAGCAUCACCACCUAUUACCCAUCAUUCCAUAGUGAAUGGCCAGUCUUCAAUCCUCAAUGCAAGGAGAGAUAGCUCAUUACAUGAGGAGACUGGGGCCUCCCACUCUCUCUACGGCCAUGGAGUGUGCAAAUGGCCUGGUUGUGAAAGCAUCUGUGAAGAUUUUGGCCAGUUUUUGAAGCACCUUAACAGUGAGCAUGCUUUGGACGACAGAAGUACUGCACAGUGCCGUGUUCAGAUGCAAGUUGUACAGCAAUUAGAAAUACAGCUUUCUAAAGAACGUGAACGUCUUCAGGCAAUGAUGACCCACUUGCACAUGCGACCCUCAGAGCCCAAGCCGUCUCCAAAACCUCUGAACUUGGUGUCGAGUGUCACCAUGUCAAAGAACAUGCCGGAGACAUCCCCGCCGAACUUACCUCAAACCCCCACGACGCCAACAGCCCCAAUCACCCCGCUGUCCCAGGGGCCCUCAGUCAUCACCCCUGCCAGCGUGCCCAACGUUGGAGCCAUCAGAAGACGGCACUCAGACAAAUACAACCUCCCCAUGUCUUCAGGUGGUGACACAGUAUUUAUUUUUCCAGAGAUUGCCCCAAACUAUGAGUUUUAUAAGAAUGCAGAUGUCAGACCUCCAUUUACUUAUGCAACUCUCAUAAGGCAGGCUAUCAUGGAAGCAGCUGACAGGCAGUUAACACUUAAUGAAAUUUACAGCUGGUUUACACGGACAUUUGCCUACUUCAGGCGUAAUGCAGCAACUUGGAAGAACGCCGUUCGUCAUAAUCUAAGCCUGCACAAGUGUUUUGUUCGAGUAGAAAAUGUGAAGGGGGCAGUAUGGACAGUGGAUGAAGUAGAAUACCAAAAGCGGAGGUCACAGAAGAUAACGGGGAGCCCAACACUAGUUAAAAAUCUGCCAACUAGCCUGGGUUAUGGAGCAGCUCUUAACGCAAGCUUACAGGCCGCAUUAGCGGAAAGUAGUUUACCAUUGCUUGGUAACCCAGGUUUGAUAAACACCAGCUCCACUGGCUUGUUGCAAGCAGCUCAUGAAGACCUCAAUGGUUCACUAGACCACCUUGACAGCAAUGGGAACAGCAGUCCGGGUUACUCUCCCCAGGCUCACUUGCAACCAAUUCACGUCAAGGAAGAGCCAUUAAACACGGAAGAUGAGGAGUGUCCAAUGUCAUUAGUGACAACAGCCAAUCACAGUCCAGAGCUGGAGGAGGACAGAGAAAUUGAGGAGGAGAACUUAUCUGAGGAGCUGGAGUAGCAGAGGACUUAAGAACUGCAGCUACAGGGUCACUUCACAGGACUCCAUAACCACUCCACUACGAAGAAUAUACAGCAGACUUUUUUACUGUGACUAUUUAUUGAGCAUGCAUCAAGGAGACAGCCUAAAGGAACUAUUUGUUACAGCCCUUUGGGAACCAGAAAUGAUGAGCAUAAAAUGCUUGGUUUUUAAACUAUAAAGACUGAUUUCCUUAUAAACUCAAAUGGCUCGGCCAUAUAAAAAAAAAGAUUUGGCUAACAUGGGUUCAUGGAUUGAAUGAAAACGAGGAAGUCUGUUCUGUAGAAAGCUAAUGGCCUCAUAUACUGCCAAAAAUAGUUUUAGUUUCAUUCAGUGUGAAUUUCCAACCUACAGUAGUUGUUAUAUUAGAAACAAUUGCUGAUCCAGUUCAAGUUGUUGCUGUUUUAUCAUUUGCACAGGAGUAGUAUCAGAAAUUAGUGUCACUGCCUGUAUGUAGCUGAAGUUUUAAAUGGACCAGUAUUUUUUUAUGUUUGUUUUAAUUUUGGCGCCACCAACUGUAAAUGACAUUAGUUUCCAAUAACAGAACCACAGUUUUCAGACUGUUGCAAGUUUGAACUGUCCAAAAAAAGUAGGCUUCCAGUCUUUCUAUUUGUGCUGAAGUGAAGUGUGAUCUUAAGUUGAAAACGUAAUUGUUUGUGCAAGCACUGUACUGAAAAAAAUGUACUUCUGCAUAUUCUACAACUGUUCUCUUUACCUCCUCGUUUUGAAGCUUUGUCUACCUGCAAACAGUCAAAGGCAACAGCUAGAAACCAAAGCCAACUCUAACAAUGGCCAAUAGCUCAGACAGAAGCAGCCACAAGCUUUGGUCAGCCUUCUGUAACUUUAAUUAGUACAAAGGAUGCUUUCCAAGAACUACCUUCUGAAAACCUCUGGGAUUGUUUCAUUUAGCCCUGUACAAAGAAAAUCAAAUGAUUUUGAUGUGUAAUUUGGUAAAUAGUAGUGAGUCCACCUUAAAUGCAGCAGAGAUCCGCCUGCAUUUAUGGAAAGAGAAGGUAUGAUGUAAAUUAAAAAUAAGUGGAAACUGGUAGGAAGCAGCUAAAUGUGGAUCAUAAAUAUCAUUGACCAAAACAACAUUUGUGUAUUUAUUGGAAGUGCAGAAUGUGUACUGUUGUAUAAUUCCAGAUUGGUUUAAUUUACAUUGCCCAUUUUGUCAUUGUUUUAUAGUGAAAAUGUAAUGUUAGUGGGGCUGUCUUGUAUGUUUUGUGUUUUACUUUUUUGUACAAGUUGUUCAGUACCGUCUUAAAUGAAACUGAAAACAUAGUAACCAAACAUUUAAAAGAUCUAGUAAAGCCAAAAACGUAAUAAUAAUUUCAAGUUAAUAUGAAAUGAUCUGGCUUGGAUUUCAAGUAAAAGCAAAGAAUUAUAGCCAUUGAUGUGUAGGAUGUCUAAGGUGAAAAUAACCUUUUCUAGGUGAUAUUUGCUUAAUUUUUCUAGGUUUUUAAUACAAAAAAUACUGUAUAUUAAUUAUUUAUCCAUUUCUGUAAACAUACAGAUGUAGCUCUGGAUAAAUAAGUACAUUCUUUAGCUGCACCAAUUUCAAAUUAACAAUAUUUAUACAAAAGUAGUGGUUUUACAAUAAUUUGGACUUUGUUUGGUAAUUGUUGAAAUGUAUUUAAUUUUAUUUAUUUUAGCUGAUGUCAUCUAGAAAGGUUGAUGUGGUUGCUUUAAUGGUCAUUUCUGUUUUCAGUCAAACCAAAGUUACACAAAAUUCUGCCUCUUCUUAUAUAUGGGAUAGUAAAGCUAACAAUACACUCCCUUUUAAAGACUUGCACACGGUCCAAAUUGUUGGUAUGCUGGCUUUCUUGGUCCUUGUUUUGCUAAAACUACCAAUGCAUAAAAAAUUUUCUAAUAAUUUGUAAUAAUGCAUUGCAUUGUAUUUAAAAUACAAAUGUAUGUCUACUUUGUGCUUAUAAAAACAUAUUGUAUA